AUGGACAACAACAAAAACAAUCAGGUUUUUAUCAGUUUUGAGGUUGAAGAUUCAUCAGUCUCCUCUUUCAUCAGCUACCUCAUUGCUGCUUUCAAACGGCAAGGAAUCUUUGCGUUCUUUGACAGUAAAAGCAGCCAUGUUGAAGCUGGAGAGAGGGAGGGCGAAGAGGAACGAUUCUCCAAAUUAAAGGUCUUCGUGGUGGUUUUCUCCAAAAACUAUGCGUCUCAUAUACCGUGCUUGGAAAAGCAAAUAUACGCAUGCCGUAACAAUGACGACUUUGUGGUGGUUCCGGUGUUCUAUCAUGUCAGUAAAUCGUCCCUGAAGCAACAUAUGCGCAAUUUUGGUGACGAGUUUAAGGCGGUCCAAAGAGCGAAGCCUAAGUUGCGAGGAGGCCAUGAAUAUGAUGGUGAACGAAGUGAAUCUGAUUUUCAAGAAGAAAUUGCAAGGGUUGUGUUUGAAAAACUCUAUCCAACGGAAGAGAUUGGAACCCAAUCGUCGAUACUGGAGAUAGAAAACUUGCUGUGCAAGCAACCAUGGGGCGUUCGCACCAUAGAGCCAAGCCACCGCAAGAAAAGGGUUCUUGUUGCUCUGGACGAUGUGCAAAAAGCUCAAGAUGCAAAGUCAUUUCUUGGAGGAUUUGAUAAGUUUGGUCCAGGGAGCUUGAUCAUCAUAACCUCCAAAGAUAAAAGAACUCUCCAGGAGUGCAAGAUGAAUGAGAUUUAUGAGCUAAAAGGUCUAAAUGAUGAAGAUGCUCUGAAGCUAUUUACAAGGUGUGCCUUUGGAAAAGAUGUUAUAGAAGAAAAUCUUCUAGACGAUUCGAUGAAAGCGAUUGAAUGUUGUGAAGGGAAUCCGUCUGCUCUUCGCUCAUGUGCAAAGGUGUUCAAGGCAACCGUAGAGAAGGAACCGGUGUUGCCUGAUGUUUGUGAAGUAUUCAUUACCGGCCAGGGCGUAUCUUGUGACACUGCGAAGAACACGUAUAUGCAAUUUAUCCCCUAUGAAGAAGACGAUGAGCCGCAAGAAAAUAAGGAGUUCCCAUCAGAUCAUAUUGCUGUUUUGGUCACUAGAGAUACCAAAAAAAUAAUUCUAAGCCCAUCCCACUUGUGUGCUGAAAGCGAAUUUCAUUCUUAUUCCGAGAAGAACCCGAGAUUCGCCUUUUACAACCGAAUCUCCAAGUCUCUAACUAGUAAUCUAAUGUUGUACCGAUUGGAUUAUAAUGCUGUGAUGAGAUCAUUCUUGGAACACUUACUUCAAAAGCACCAUGUUAUAGUACAAGGAUUAGGUACUCAACUUCCAAAAUUUUGGCAAAGCUUGUACUCGCGGUGA